AGAUAGAUUGGAGGCUCCAGAGCACGAGGCAUCGCCUGAAGGGCGUGCCUCAGCGCGCCCGCCCGCUCGGGCGAGUAGCGUGUCGCCACGGCAUCGUUUCCAUGGCGGAGGCCCAGGUCUCCAACGCGUUCCAGGAGCUCCUGGUAAACUUGGAGCGCCAGCAUUUCCUUGAGCUGCAGCAGCUCCGUGAGGAGAACAUUCGCCUGGUGGACUGCAACCUAAAGCUUGUCAGUUGGACAUCAGGAGUCAAGACAGGGGUGAUCUCCGGCAAUCACAUGGCGCGGAUCUCGGAGGCAUCUGCCACCUUGUCCAGAAUGACAGGCAUGGAUUCAGAGGAGCCUCUCCAUCUCGGACAAGAAGAGCAUGAAAGCCCAGUGGCACAAGAAGGCGAUCCUUUUCCAGUCGUAGACCUGAGAAGCGUGCGGCGGAAGUCCGAGGAUAGCAGCUCGAAGGGCCAGGGCGAGGCGAGCGCCGUCUUCGUCGUGCCCACCUUGAGCAUUGGCGAGCAGGUCGUGACUGGUCAGAAUACAGACAGCCUGGCUCGAUCACCCAGCCUGCUAAGCCAACAAGCAGCGUCCUUCUUCGAGUCUGACACCUAUGAGCUCCUCAUAGGUGCGCUGAUCCUGUGCAGCGUCUUGAUUUUGGCACUGGAGAUGCAAUAUGAGGGCUACUUGAUUGGCCAUGACUUGGACUACCCUCGCAUGGACAAGAACCCUCAAGAAGUUUGGCACAGCAUACCGGAAAUACUGACCUGGAUUGAUCGGACAUUCACAGGAGUCUUUGUGCUGGACAUCGUGCUCCGGGUUUUCUUUAUAGGCCGAGCAUUCUUCUGCCAAGUGUUCAGCGUGUUGGACCUUGUGGUGGUGUUGUGCAGUCUACUGGAGGAAGUGCUCGGGGAGGCCUUUCCCUUCGACGCGCCCUUCCUCCGACUGUUGCGCUUCGCCAAAGUCGCGCGUGCGCUGCGGGUCCUCAAGCGAGCACACUUCCUUGGCUCACUGCACAUUCUGCUGAAGUCGGUGCGUGCCAGCGUGGAAGUACUUUUCUGGUCUCUUUGCCUUCUUGGUAUCAUCCAGUGCAUUGCGGGCAUGAUGCUGGCUCAGAGCGUGCAGGGAUUCCUGCUGGACGAGUCCAAAGACAUGAUGAUCCGGCGUGAGGUCUUUCGCUACUUUGGCACCUUCAGCUCUACCUUGCUCACCAUGUUUGAAGUUCUCAUGGCCAACUGGGCACCUGCUUGCCGGGUCUUGGUGGACAACGUUGAUGAAGGGUACGCUCUUGGCUUCGUCGUGUACAGGUGCCUGGUGGGCUUUGCGAUCCUAAACGUUGUUUCUGCGGUUUUUCUGCAGCAGACCAUGAAGGUUGCUGCAGCAGACCAGGACGUGGCCCUUCAGCAGCGGCAGCUCGCUGCAGAGGCCUACACCAGAAAACUGCAAGCGUUCUUCAAGCGCUUGGAUCAAUCUGGCGAUGGCAUCCUCACCUGGGCGGAGUUCAGCGCAGUGCUGGACAGCCCGAAGCUGCAAGACUGGCUGGCGACGCUGGAUCUGGAGAGCAACGACCUGGUGGACUUGUUCUCCAUGAUGGACGAUGGAGAUGGGGAAAUCACUUUGGAUGAUUUCCUUCAUGGUGCAAGGAGCCUUCGCGGGGCGGCGCGCAGCAUCGACCUUGCCUCGGUACUGAGCACUGCGCGGCGCACCGAGGCCAAGACAGAGGUCCUCCUCACUAUGCUCGCCAACAUCAGUGGCUUUUGCAAAGAGGACGUCAAGCGAGAAGCUCGAAGGCUCCGAAGCAAUGCCAGCAGUGGAAUGCGGCGGCCAGACUCACCCUUGGCAACGCCUCGGCCGCAAGGCUCCCGGGCACUUUCGCCACUGGCCACCAGUAUUGGCAUGAGUACGAUUGGCAUUGGCUUGAGCAGCUUCAGCCCACAGGGCAUGGCCAGCCAUGGCACUCGCAUGUAGUGCGUUUGAUGGUUGAGGCGCAGGGACUGAUUAAACUUCCCGGUUGCGCAUUAACAACACAGUCCUGCUUCAGAAAGAAGCACCCGCCCAGGAAUUGGCCAUGACAAAGUAGCACUUCGCCAGACUUCCUUGCGCUCUCAAACCAGCAAUGUAUGGGAUGCAGGUUAUGUUUGUGAUAUGAAUGGGAUCUACUUGAUCUAUGCGAUGUACCGGAUUUGUGAACGUGUAUGGUCUAUGAGAUCUACGUGAUGUGUAAGAUGUAUGUGGUGCAUGUGCUGCAUGUUUUUCUGCGAAGCUUGUUCAUCCUUCUCUUCGAGGAUGCGCUAUUUUUCACCCGGGCUUGGCUUGGAAUGCCGCCGCCGCCCUAUCAAGCCUUCCUGCGGACAUUCCAGGCGCAUCUGGGCGUCUAGAUGUGCGGGCUUCCUCAGGAAGCUGAGGUUCCUAAAUUUGAAUCACUUUCGCUGGUCACGUUUGACCAGCUCCGUUGAGCAGUCGCAAUAGAAGUGGCUGCUCACGAGAGCAUAAUGCGGCUGUUGUCAUGUCUAUGGCGCAGACAACAGUACAGCGCUAACGAUAUCUAAGGCUUCCACCGAAUAAUUCGACGAAAGGCCUUCAACUAACUCGGCGAUCCGAAAUAUGUUCAUG